CAUAGUCGGCAGUAAAAAGAGUAAACAAUGAAGUACGCUUGAUUUGCUUUGUGUUCAAGGUUUUGAUUUCGCGCAUUUCAAUCGAAUGAUUGAAUUUUGCAUGAUAGUGAAGUAAUUUGGUUAAUGUGAAUCUACGAUUUAGUCAAAUUUAAAAGGAUUUGAAACCAUUGAAAAAUGAAUUUCGUUGGAAAUAGACACAAUUUUGCGUUGAUUUGGUGUUCUCUAACAAUUUUGUGUGGACUUCAAGCAUUGGAAUCGAAUGAAGCAUUGGAUUACGUGGCGAUACCGAGCGAAUGGUAUACAGUGACGCAUGGUACGGAUUUCAAUGUGACCUGUGAAGUGUCCAUGAGUUCAAUCAAUGUCACCUGGAAGAAAAUGUACGAGGAUAGCCUUGGUAUAAAUGUACAACAAAAUGGUAAUACUUUGAAAAUCGUAAAUUUUCAGCCAGAAAAUCGUGGUGUUUACCAGUGCUUGGUUAAUUCAAGUUUGGCAGUUGAUGGUGAUCACACAGUUAUUGAUAUGAAUCCUUUCGAGGCACCGCAGAUUGAAAUCCAACCGGCUGAGGUACAAAUGGUGCAAGAAGGUGAAGAUGUUCUGCUUAAGUGUCGAGCCGUUACUGGAGCACCAACACCAACUUUGAAAUGGGUGCGUCGUGAUCGUUUGCCGCUUCCACCGCUCACACAAGAGAAAUCACCGGGUACAAUUUUGAUUCCAAAUAUUGCUGUCUUUCAUGCUGGUGAAUACGAAUGUCAGGCUUCAAACACGGUUGGUGUUGCCAAUAGGACCACCACAAUAAUUGUCACAGCGUCUACUCUGGAUGUUGCUAUUGUGCCAAAUUUAGAAGAAAUC